AUGUUUGCGAUUGUAUUUUGCUGGUUGUUUGUUCUGGCGAGAGCUCACGAAAAUAAUUCUCGCAUUGUGACCAUUGCAAGUGGAAAAGUCCGCGGGUACAAAGAUAAAGAAUACGAUAUUUUUGUCUUUAACGGUAUUCCUUAUGCGACCGCGCCUAGAGGACCUAAUAAAUUUAAGGCUCCACUCUCUGCCCCUGUAUGGGACAAAAUAUUUGAAGCUACAAACGCUCAUGUAAUGUGUCCUCAAAACCAAAUGUUUAAAGGAUCUGAAUUUUCCAAACAUAAUAUUCGUGAAGACUGCCUUGUUGCUAACAUCUACGUUCCAAAUACGAAUGAGAAAAAAUUACCAGUCUUGGUAGAUAUUCAUGGUGGUGGUUAUCAGAUGGGUUAUGGCAAUAUGUUAACAUUAAAUAAAUUAGUUAAUACAAAGAGAGUUAUUGUAGUAAAUUUUAAUUAUAGACUUGGUGUAUAUGGUUUUCUAUGUUUAGGAACAAGAGACGUACCAGGCAAUGCAGGAAUGAAAGAUAUAGUAGCUCUUCUUAGAUGGGUCAAAAAUAAUAUAGCCGCUUUUGGUGGAAAUCCAAGUGAAGUCACUGUAUCAGAAUACAGUGCAGGUCCUUCAGCAGUACAACUGUUGCUUCUUUCGCCAACUGCAAAGGAUUUAUUUAAAAGAGCUAUACCUGAAAAUGGCCCUAAUUUGUCUAUUUAUUCAAUACAAGCUGAUCCAAUUGAAGUUGCUAAAAAAUAUGCUAAAAAAUUCAAUUUUCACAAUGCAAAUAUCUAUGCUUUAGAAAAUUUCUAUAAAACUCUUUCUAUACAAGGAUUAUCAAAAGAAAAUUUGGACGUAGAAGAAAAUAUGCAAUUCGUACCUUGCAUUGAACGGGAUUUAGGAGAAGAACCUUUUCUUUUAUACUCGCCUUACGACCUAUCAAAUAUGGGCAGUGCAGCUAACAUUCCUAUAUUAUAUGGAUUUACAAAUAUGAAAUGGAUGAAAAAAAAAGAACAGUUUGAAUAUUGGAACUCAAAAAUUAACGAGGAUUUUUUUCAAUUUUUACCCAUUGACUUAAAAUUUCAGAACGAAAUAGAAAAAGAAUCAGUUUCAGCUACUGCAAAAGAAUUUUAUUUUGGGAAAGAACUCCUAAAUUAUAAUAAAAACUCUGUAAAAUGCUUAUAG